GCUGGGCUGCUAGGCCACAGUGGACAGGAGAGGGGAGAGAAGUGCUUACGGCAAAUGGAAGAGGAUUUGAGGACUAGAUUUACGCCUUUGCCUUUACCGUCCCGCGUCCGUGGGGGUCGAGGAGGACACGGAGGGGGACACGGAGGUCUGGGGCUGUCAUGCCAUGGCAUCCCCCAUCCUGACCUUCAUUCACUUCAUCCUGGCUCGAUUAAGACAGAGGUCUAGUGAAUCUGAGCCUAGACGUUAGCGAGGUAGAUGAAUCUGGUGCUGCCGGUGGUGGUGGUGGGGUUGAUGGUUGUGAGAGCUCCAACAACAGAGCCCCAGGCCUUUCCUAGACUCUCGGCGCUGGGAGUGCUGGAAACGAGUCCGAGUCAAAAAGUUCCCCUCUCCCCCUCCUCCCGCCUCCCAACAUCAAAAGCCCACAUGAUUUAAGUUGUCACAUCCAAACUUGUAGUAGACAGACAGACCGGCCCACCCAGCCAGCCAUCGGAGCCUGCAGGUCCUGGAGCGACUUGACUCGAGCUGAGACAGAGCAAGCGAGAGAGCCACAGAGAGAGAGAACGAGACACAGAGAGCCAGCAUCUCGUCUGAUAUCAGCUCAGAGUCGGUCUGCUGAAGGUUCGUCAGCGGCUCAAGAUGGAGGCGAGAGUGGGAUCGGUGGGAGUGUUGGUGCUGCUGACAGUGGCAGCAUUGCUGAGCGGCUGCGCCGAGGCAGCAGGCAAGGGAAUUCCUGCAUUGUUCGUGUUCGGAGAUUCAACGGUGGAUACAGGAAAUCAAAACUACAUCACCUCUGUGAUCAAGUCCAACUACCCUCCCUAUGGCAAGGACUUCAAUCCCCCAGGCCCCACUGGACGAUUCUGCAAUGGCAAAGUCGCCAACGACUUUUUGGCCGACUUUCUGGAGAUUCCUCGCCCUGUGAACUACCUAGCACCUGAAGCGAAAGGAAGCAGGGUGCUGACUGGAGUAAACUUCGCCUCCUCUGGGUCAGGAUACCUGGACAUCACCGGAGCUCUCUUUGGCGUCCUGAAUUUGACCCGGCAGCUGGACAAUUUCGGAAUAGUGAAGAAGGAAAUCAUCUCACAGAUUGGCGAGGAAAGCACCGACAAGCUGCUCCGUGAAUCCAUCUACCUUAUCAGCACAGGAAGCAAUGAUUUCGUCAACAGCUACAACUUGAACCCGAUUCUCCAAGCGAAAUUCACUCCCGCAGCCUACGAAACGCUGCUCUUGGGCACCAUCGACACCAACCUUAAGACCCUGUACGAUUAUGGAGCACGAAGAGUAUUCAUCGAUUCUCUAUCGCCUCUGGGCUGCGUGCCCGAGCAACUGGUUCUCGCAGGCAGCAAGGACGGGAGCUGCAUCGAGAAGGUGAACGUGCCAGUCAAGAGCUUCAACGUGGGCCUCCAAGCGACCUUGGCCAGUAUCCGCCAACAGAGACCAGAUUAUGAUCUCUCGUACGUGAACGUUUACGACCCCCUUCUCGAAGCCAUCACGCAGCCAGAAAAGCUCGGCUUCAAGUUCGGCAACACGGCUUGCUGCGGUGAAGGUCCAUUCAAGGGCCUGCCGUGUGUCAACCCCAUCAGCGAUGUGUGCGACAAUGCUGAUGAUUACGUGUUCUGGGAUCUGUUCCAUCCCACCGAGAGGACGUACGAUAUAUUGUCCUCGAACAUCAUCAAGGGAAGCGGCCUGUUCGUUUCUCCCAUGAAUCUUGAACAGAUGAUAGCUAAAAAGCCAUAGGAAAUGCUCCUGAUUAGACUUAGUUCCCACCAUCAUCAUAACACUAACCCAACUUAAGUAAUGUUGGCAUUCUUCAUCCUUUUCCAAGAGGGUAGGUCAAGCCCUUCGUUCACAGCGGACUCAAAGUCACCGCCCACAGGAUGCGUUUGAACCUCUAGUUAUUUCCCCAUUCGAGAAGAAAAUGUUUGUCCGAGUCUCUUGUACAAACACACUAUGGUGCUGUUUCCUAUUUGUACAUCAUCAGUAAAAUUGCAUCUAUAAGUUUCU